AAAUUCACCAGUAGACUGUUUCAAGUUCCCCCAGCAGAAACUGUGCCUGAUUUGUGGCCAAUGCUGGGGAUGUACGAAAAGGGAGGAAAACACUAAGCGGGUAGCUAUGGAGAUAGACCGUUUUCCUGGCCGCUUCCUUUGACAGGUGUUGAGUAGGUUAAAAGUCUUCAAACAGAGUCCACCAUGUACGCCAAAGGGAAAGGAGCUGUCGUUCCAUCCGAUAAUCAAGCCAGAGAGAAAUUAGCUUUAUACGUGUACGAGUACUUGUUGCAUGUUGGGGCCCAGAAAUCAGCACAGACCUUCCUUUCCGAGAUCCGAUGGGAGAAGAACAUUACGCUUGGAGAGCCUCCUGGAUUCCUCCAUUCAUGGUGGUGUGUAUUCUGGGAUUUGUACUGUGCCGCUCCAGACCGCCGGGAGACCUGCGAGCACUCCAGCGAGGCCAAGGCCUUCCACGACUAUAGUGCAGCAGCAGCCCCCAGCCCCGUAAUGGGCAACAUGCCCCCCAACGACGGCAUGCCGGGCGGACCCAUGCCCCCUGGUUUCUUUCAGGGGCCUCCCGGCUCGCAGCCAUCACCACACGCACAGCCUCCCCCACACAAUACCAGCAACCCCAUGAUGGGACCACACGGCCAGCCUUUUAUGUCUCCACGGUACCCUGGUGGACCUCGGCCAUCUCUUCGCAUGCCAAAUCAGCCUCCUGUAGGAGUUCCAGGAUCACAACCACUCCUGCCAAACAGUUUGGACCCAACCAGACCACAAGGACAUCCUAACAUGGGCGGUCCGAUGAGAAUGAAUCCUCCCAGGGGGAUGGGUGGCAUGGGCCCUCAGAACUAUGGUGGUAUGAGGCCUCCUCCCAACUCUCUAGGUGGUCCAGGCAUGCCCGGAAUGAACAUGGGUCCUGGAGGACGUGGCCCAUGGCCAAACCCGAAUGCUAACUCGAUAGCAUACUCCUCCUCAUCUCCAGGCAACUACGUGGGUCCUCCAGGAGGAGGUGGUCCACCAGGAACUCCCAUAAUGCCAAGCCCAGGAGACUCCACAAACUCCAGUGAAAAUAUCUAUACGAUGAUGAACCCUAUUGGACCAGGAGGAAACAGACCCAGUUUCCCCAUGGGUCCCGGUCCAGAUGGCCCAAUGGGCGGCAUGGGCGGCAUGGAACCCCAUCAUAUGAACGGAUCGUUAGGCUCUGGUGACAUGGAUGGGUUGCCAAAGAACUCCCCCAACAACAUGGCAGGGAUGAACAACCCACCGGGCACACCGCGGGAUGAUGGAGAAAUGGGAGGAAACUUCCUCAACCCAUUCCAAAGUGAAAGUUAUUCACCCAACAUGACGAUGAGUGUGUGAUUUCUUCUUGUUUUGUUUUAUUUGGGGUUUUCUUUUUCGUUUCGUUUUCAAACCCCCUCCAACCGCCCCGUUCCUUUUUUUAACCCCGUCCCCUUUUCACGUCGAUCAACCCCUGGCACCCUCUGCCCACGGAACUCUGGCUUUUUCUGCACAUCCUUCUGGGUUGUCUCACGAGCAGAGGACUCGCAUGAAAGUGGCCCAUCCCAGCUUGUGCAAAAUGGCCACCGGCAACAGGAAACAGUUCCAGAGCCACAGGAAGAGCUUGUUGACUGAAUCUCCCUGCCUCCCGGACUUCCUCUCUGGUUCAGGACACUAACGGGGCUGAACACACACAGGAAGGCAGGCACACGCUUCACCGGGCUGCUCACUUUAUGAUCUUUAAGAACUCACUCCACUUUUGUGAUUCGUUUUUUUAAUCUUGAAUGGAUGCAGUCGUUUUUACAGUGGAAAAUAUCUGCACCUUUUCCCUCCAUUUUAUUGUGUAAAUGCAAGAGGAAACUCUUUAAGAUGGGUCUGGCAAUGAACGUUUUCAUUAUUCUGUGUAUGUAUUGUAUUAUUAUCAAUUGUUGAUUUUAUUUGUAUUAAUAUUGUAAUGAUGGUUACUGAUUAGGUUUUAAUCUUUUUUUGAAAGGGGCACAUUGUAUGUAAACCACCAAUUGGGCAGAAAAAAAGCACACCUCCAUAAUGCACAAUAACAGUGUCAUGACUUUUGCAGGAAGUCUACACUAGGUUUUGUGUUUGCUGUGAAAUCUUCCCUCCCGCAGAUUAAAAAGGUAGCCGUACCUUUUCUUCUACGUCUCUAGUACACAUCUAUAUACAGGAAAUGUAGUUUCAUUGUCCCUGUUGAGUGAAUGUCUGAGGCCAUGAGGCUUGAGGCCCAAACCAGCAGCGACUUUAACCUCCUCAGACCAGCCUGUGCAUCCAACAACACGUUUUGGAGUCUCAAUCUAUCUGUAGAGAGGAAGUGAUGUCAUACCAGAGCCGGAAACAUGUGGUUAUACAACUAACUAGUGCUAAACUUGACUCAAACACAUGACAGAUGUCUGCUCACCGUGAUUCACAACUUAUUUAUUUGUUGUUUUUGUUCAUGAAUUGAUUUAUCGUGCACACGUCUCACAUGCGACCCGUCAGGACAUAUUGUACACAUGUAAAUAUGCCAGUCUAAGAUACCUCCUGAAGAUUUGUAUCAUUCUGUCCCUCGCCAGAGACCCACAUGCUUUCCUUCUGCAUGAAUCUGAACAGGGUGUCUCUAGUCACAUGACAUUACAAAUGAGGAUCCUGUCGGCUCGGUGCUCAUCAUACUGGAGAUUUUUUCGGGUGCAGGAAUAGAGCCCUCCUCCUCAAACACAUUUUGUUAAGUAUGUGUUCUGUAUUAUGUCUAAUCAUCUUCAAAAACGAGUUUAUGAGAUGAGGGGAUAGUAAUAGGACUUCCAGGGACUACUGAAUGAGGGAUACAUGAACUAAAUGUGCUCACAGCCUGUGUGUUUCAUAAUAUUAACAUGCAUUUUUUCAUUUUGUCUUUUGCGUUUGGUGUUAUGCAUUUUCUGUCUGUCUUUUAAAGGGAUAGUCCAUCCAAAAAUGAAAAUUCUGUCAUUUACUUGCGUCGUUCUCGUUCCAAAACUGUGACUUUCUAACUAAAGAGUUUCGAUUGCCAU